AUGGCCGCCCGAUUCACCCCCCGCUUCCUCCAGGCCACCCGUGGCUACGCCACUCAGAGCGUCCGUGCUCCCAAGCAGCUCGAGGGCCUUCCCGGCAAGUACGCCUCGUCUGCCUACGUCGCCGCGCUCUCCAAGGACGCCAAGACGCUCGAGAAGGUCGAGGCCGACCUCCGUGCCAUCAAGUCGGCCCUCGCCUCGGCUGAGGGUGCCAAGCUGCAGACCUUCAUCUCCAACCCCACCCUCGGCACCGCCGAGCGAACCAAGGGCCUCGAGCAGCUCCUCUCUAGCGGCAAGGGCAAGGCCGACCAGAUCACCCACAACCUCUUCCAGGUCCUUGCCGAGAACGGACGGCUGCAGGACACCGAGAAGGUCAUUGACGGCUUCGAGGAGCUCAUGACUGCCUACCGCGGCGAGGUCGAGGUUAUCGUUACCAGCGCUACUCCCCUGGACAAGGCCACCGUCUCGCGCAUCGAGUCGUCGCUCAAGGGCUCGCAGAUUGCCGCCAACGGCGGCGGCAAGACGCUCAAGAUCACCCAGAAGGUCAACCCGGCCAUCCAGGGCGGUCUGGUCGUCGACUUUGCCGGCUCGACGGUCGACCUGAGCGUGGCCAGCAAGGUCAACAAGCUCAACCAGCUCCUGUCGCAGGGUGUCUAA